AUGACAAAACACCUCGACAAUGCUUUUGGACUAUGCCAAUUUGCUUUUGGUGACGACAAUGAUCAAUAUCACCACUUUUUGAAAUCUGACACAAUACAUCUAUUAGAAAAGGAGUUCACACGACUUUUUGCUGGAGGUUAUCGUUGGAGACAUGAAUAUACACAAUGUGUUGUUCAAAAUAUCCUAUAUUCCAGUCGACAUAAAAUAUUUUAUGAUCCUGGGCUGUGUUCUCGAAUCAUGCAGUUCACUCUACCAGAUGUGCCACCUGAUAUACUACUGGACAUUGAAACACCUGAUCCUGAAGAAUUAGCUUUUAUUAAAUUUAAACCGAACAGGAAAGACUCAGACGGGACUAUGUUCGCUGAAGAAUUAUUCACUCCCCCAAUAUUUUCGGAACGACAAUCUGAAGAAGAUGAAAAUGAGACGCCUGAAUCAGAUCCUGAGACACACUGGUUGCAUGAAUACCGCAAUAAACGGUUUCCUACCCGCCCAGAAGAAACACCACUUGCUGGAAAAAAAGAUGUUCUUCGGGAACUGAUAAAAACAACUGAAGACACCGGGAAGCUUUUGAACGGAAUUCGAGAAAACUCUGAUAGAUAUUCAGAUAAUGACAUGCAAAUCAAAUCAGACUUUCCAUCAGGUCUUAAUCAAAAGGAAGCACUGAGAGAAGGCAGUAUUGAGUUUUUACCGAUAGAAGAUAAUGAAUUUCCAGAGGACGAGCUUCUUGAUCCCUUUGACAAGAAGAGAGUGGUGCAACUUACUGAUCAUUACAAUUCCCAGGAUCAAGACACACAUCCGAUUGUGAAGAUUAGCAGUGAUCAAGAAAAUCCGUCGGCGCAAAAGUCGGGGUAUAACGCCGAUGAAGAAAUCCCAACUUUCGGAAGAAUUAGAGGAGAAGAUAAUGAAGAUGUGAAUUUCCGUUGGAAUGCAAAACACAGGACUAAAUUUAUGGAUGAUGAUCUGACUCGAUUUGCUAAAGGUGAUCCAGCGAGACAAGAGCGAGUCAAGAAUCUUAAUUUUGAACCAGAAUCAACAGAUAAUAAUAAUUUAAGUGAUAUUGACAUACUUUACAAUUUUCCAACAGAUGUGAUUGAGAAUGAUUAUUUAGAAGAUCAGCUUUAUGCCAUUUUCCCAACAGCAAAAGGAAUGCCAACAUUUACUCGGGACAUGCGAUACGAUACAAAAAAACCUGGCCCAACUUACAUGCUUCAUGACGAUGAAGAUGGCGAUACCUCUCAUGAUGAUGAAGAGAUGGCGGGACAAGAAAUGGACAGAUUUUUAUCUCAUCUUACUCAGAAUGUUGAGCAUAACCAGUUGCUUUCACUGCUAAAGUCACCUGUUGGAGUUCAUAAAUCCUAUAAUACGUUUGUUCCGAAUUUCGAAGUAACAGAUGAAACAAGAAGAAUAUUUGUUACAAGUGGCAUUCCUAGUAUGCCCGAAGAAGUUUUUGGCUCAAAGGAUGGAAGUGUUAAAUUACCCGAGCGGCAGCAAUCAUUCGAACGCCCGCCGGCAGAUCAGCCAGAACUCUUAGAAGGAAUCGACGAUGAAAAAUCGAAAGAAGUCCGAGGAGAUGAAGAGAAACCUACAAAUGCAGCUAAAACAGGAGAAGGUCAUGUUGGACAUUAUGAUAAUGUGGCUUCUACACACACUUAUUUACUUAUUAAGGAAAAGAAUAUAGGAGAAGAGAAAGCUCAGGAACUGGUUGAUACCCUUAUUAAAAUAUUAGAAGGAAGACAAAUCACGUUUAAGGUGAAUCCGAAUGCAUUAAAUAUGAAUGCAUCAGAAGUUGCAACUAAAGCAGAAGAGCAUUCUUCUCAUCUUCGUGAAUUAACUGGUUUGACAAUAGAAGCAGCAGGCAUCGGUGACAAAGUAAAAUACGAAGUCAUAAAUCCCGAAAAAGACAAGCGAAUGUUUAUCAUAGCAUUCGCUCUUUGUGGAGCCGUAGCUGGCGUAGUGCUAGCAGCAGGUACAGCAUAUUUAGUUCGGCGACAUACUCGCUCCAGAGAAAAACUACACAACAUGACCCAACCCGAUACCGAAGCUAGUCAAGAUUACCAGGACCUCUGCAGACAGCGAAUGGCUAGUAAAGCCAAUGAAAAACCAGAACCAGUUCACACUGUCCAUUCACCAAAAAAGAUUCGGAGUUUAUCUCAAGAAGGCCAAGCAAGCUCAUCAAGCCAUUCAUCUACUUCUUCAUGGUAG